GAACUCCAUGUUUACAACAUAACUGGUGACGUCACGACAAAUCGUGCACGGAAGUGGAACACAGGUACUUUCUGGACGUGUGUCAACUAAGACUGUCAAAUUUAAGACGUAAGCGACAGAGAAAGGAGUAAUCAGAUUAAAGAUGUCUGCAAAGAGAGUAAACACGACAGCCACAGCCCGGCUAAAACAGGACUACAUGAGAAUUGCCCGUGACCCAGUCCCAUAUGUGACAGCGUUGCCUCUGCCCUCUAAUAUACUGGAAUGGCAUUACAUCGUGAAUGGCCCAGAAGGUUCCCCCUAUGAAGGUGGCCUUUAUCAUGGGAAACUGGUGUUUCCCAGGGAAUUCCCCUUCAAACCUCCUAGCAUUUAUAUGAUCACACCAAAUGGACGGUUUAAAUGUAACACAAGACUGUGUUUGUCAAUCAGCGAUUUUCACCCGGAUACGUGGAACCCAGCCUGGUCUGUUUCCACCAUCCUGACCGGACUCCUCAGCUUCAUGUUGGAAAGAAGUCCGACACUGGGAAGUAUUGAAACCUCAGAUUACACUAAAAGACAGUUGGCGGCACAAAGUGGACCAUUUAAUCUCAAUGACAAAAUAUUUUGUGAACUUUUUCCUGACGUUGCAGAGGAAGUUAGAGAAUUACUGAAGAAGAGAGAAGAAGAAUUGCAAGCAGCCAGUAACAGCAACAAUAGUAACUCUGUCGGCCAAUCAGAGAACAGGUUACAUCCGGGCCUUGGGCAGGCCAACACAAAUGCACAGAAUCAAGGAUUCUUUAGCAGUGCACUUACAAACAUUUUUGUCAUCGUCGGCUUUGCUGCCUUUGCAUGGACAGUGAAGUAUGUGCUUCGUAAUUUGGUGGAGUGAGAAUCCACACGAACUUCUCAUCUUCUGAGGACGGUUCUAAUCAUCUUGUGAUACCAAAUCAGCACCAGUAGGCGUCGAAUGUUGAAGUGUCUGUAUCUGUACAUAACCCUACAUGUUUAUGGUUUGUAUAUAAAAAUGUACUGUAUAUGUUAUUGUGUGGACAGCUCUUAAAAAGCUAAAUGGUGAUUUUCAGAGAGCUUGUAAGGCAUCAGUGGUCCUACUGGAAUGUAGCUUUGUUUUGUUUUUAUCCAGAACAAUGUAAUUCAGCAGCGAAAUGUGGGAUUAAAACCGUCGUUAAUGUGACUUGCUGAAUGAAAACACAUGAUCAGAGGCAAAGAAUACACCAAAAUGAAGUAUGUGUCAGAUGGAAGACCAUUGAAAGCUGUCAAGGAACAUUUUUUAUUUAUUUAUUUUUUUUUAUAAUUUGUUUAGCCUAGUAAAAUGCAUUUGAAUAUUUUGUUCUGUGGUGGCCUUUUCUGGCAGCAUUGGGACCAGUGAUGUCACAUAAGGUUUUCGGUAUAUAACACACAUUAGACUGCUGCAUUUCAUCAUUCAAAAUGCAUAUACGUAUAUGUCUGUGAAUGCAUUCGCUAAUUUGACCUUGAAACAAAUUACUAUGGGCAAAAAGUAUGGAUGUGACAUAACUGAUACCAUCUGGGUCACAACAGACCACCGUAGAAUCUGAUUUAACAUAAUUUGACUUGUUUGAAAAAAUUCUAAAAAAAAC